UUUGUUUAUCUCCUGAUUCUGACAGGCGGCACUUUCCGAGUUUGCUUGGGUGGGAACAAGAAAUAUCCAAUGCAAAAGCGAAAUGGAGCAUCACAAGAGUCGGAUGGGGUACACGCUCUGCAUGCUAACAUUGUUCAUCUGCGGGGCGGUGCUCUUCCUCAUUGGAUUCUUUCCAGCCUCCUACACGGCGUCGGAGGCAGAAAACAGCAUACCCAAUGACCGUCCAACAACGAUCCAUGGCGUAAGGCUUGAAACGCCGCCACCGAGCUACGACUCCCUCAUACUAUUCCUUGUGGAUGCUCUGCGUGAGGACUUUGCCAGUGCCACGUCCAUGCCGGUGGCAUUUUCGAGGGCCUGCGAAAAGUUGACGCUUCAAGUAGACAUACCGACGGUGACGAUGCCACGACUGAAGAGCAUCACCACCGGCACCCUAUCCAACUUUAUCGACAUAGCACUCAACGUGGGCCACACGGAGCAGCUGGAGGAUUCACUGCUGCAUCGGCUCAAGCAGCGGAACCGCGUCGUGUCCUUUGCCGGUGACCACACUUGGAUAAACCUGUUUCCCAGCGAGUUUACACGCCAUGCGGAGAACAACGAUUCCUUUUUUGUCAACGACUUCUACGAGGGCGACAGAAAUGUGACGAGAGUGCUGGAGUCGGAGCUGGAGCUGAAGGACUGGUCCUUGCUAAUACUGCACUAUCUUGGCUUGGACCACAUUGGCCAUGUCGAGGGCAAUGCCAGCCCAAAGGUGCAACACAAACUGAAGGAAAUGGACGAAGCUCUUCAAAAGAUACUCGAGCAUAGGAACUUUCCAAACUAUCUGGUCCUGCUGACUGGCGAUCACGGCAUGGCUGAAGGCGGUGGACAUGGAGGCAAUACGCCAGCGGAGACUCUCGUACCGCUGUACUUAUACUCGAAGAACUGCUCCAGGCCAAGUUCGGGCUCCAAGCGAUACAACCAAAUCGAUUUGGCACCCACCCUGGCGGUGCUGCUCUCCGUUGAGAUACCUUCCCAGUCCAUUGGCUGCCUGAUACCGGAAAUGCUGCAGUCAUUGUCACUGGAGCACGAGAUGUACGCCUACUUCUACAACGCCCAUCAUCUGCUGAACAAGGCCAGAGUAAAGUUCGGCCAUGAAACAGUGCGCCGCAGCGAUUACUACACCUGGUACCAGAACGCCACUCUGCUGCACAGGCAGCUGCUGUUGCCGCUGCGGGAUGGGGACGGCAGCGGGGCCAGCCAGGUGCUCUAUCAGAACGCCAAGUUGAAUUACAUACGGAUGGCUCGCGAGAUUUCCGGGCUGCUCUCAGAGUCGCUGGUGAGGUUUGACUACGGAUUCAUUGUCCUGGGACUGUCGCUGACAACCGCUACAUCCCUUCACAUUGUGCUCAGCGUCCUGUUCUUGGACCUUACCGAGCAGCUCCAAUUGGACAGGCUGAAGACGCGGCAGCUGCUGAUCUGUCUGGCUACGGCCGCUCUGCUCAACGUAGCCAGCCAUGUACUCGACAUAAUCUUCACAAGCUCAAUGUUCUAUGGCAUUUUGCUCGUCGUGCCCCUAGCCCUGUCCAUUUAUCUGACGUUCGAUGUGGCGCAGGCUCUGCUGAAGAUAGCCCUGCCACCUCUGUACACUCGUCGCCUGAAGCUCUCCAUUCCAUUGCCGCUGCCACUGCUCGUGUGCUUUGGCAUCCGCACCUUCACGCUCGGCUCCUCGUCAUUCAUCGAGUUCGAGUACAAGACCUGGUACUACCUGGGCAACACUCUCAUCCUGUUGACCGCGCUCAGGACUUUGCGCCGACGUAUCACCAAGGCCAAUGUGGAGCUGGACGGACGGCACCUGCACAAAAUUGCCUCUGCCUGUCUGUGGCAGCAGCGCAAGAUCUUUGUGGUCCUCAUUCUGCUCACGCUCAUGCGUUACCUGCACAGGUUCCAUGCCAUCCGCAGCACCCUCUUGCUGUUCUCGCUGAUGCUGCUUUGGGCACGCCUGCGCAAGUUUGCCCAACUGCCGCAGAGCUGUGCGAGUGCAGCGGCAUGCCUUGUGGUCUACUGCUAUCGCGGUCUCAACGGCCAGGUGCAGUUCUUCGAGCUGCCCUCGUACCUGACAUCUCGUUUGAUGGUCCCCACUCUGGUGGUCUUCUGGUGCUGCCUGGCGCUGGUCUUGGUGCUGGGAUACCGGGCGGCGCUGCCACAAACUCUUUUCGACAAAAGCUUCGGCGAGAAGCCGAUGCCGCCGAAGAGCGUUCUACUGCAGCUGCUGCAAGCGAAUCUGACCAGCUCCCUGCUGCUGGCGGCUCUGCUGCAGAAGGUGCAGAACGUCGUACUCCUGCCUACGCUCCUCAUAGCGCUGGACGAGACGUACAAGCUGUGCGAUGCCUUCGGCACCAGUGCCAGGAAGUUCUCUGUGCGUCUGCUGCACGUUUACAAGAUCAUCAUGACCAUAUUCGUGGCCAGAAUGUUCUACUUCUACCAGGGCAACUCGAACAGCCUCUCGACCAUUGACCUCACACCGGGCUACAUUGGCCAGACGAGCUACAAUCCGGCCAUUGUCGGCCUGUUCGUCACCCUCAACACGUACAGCGCGGAAAUACAUUCCUUCCUCUUCCUUAUUGUACACACGCUCCGCUCCGAUCUGCGGAGUGUGGGCAUCAUGCAGCUGCAGCCGCCCUAUUCGGUUGCCGCGGACUCGCUGAUAGCUCCGCUCUAUGCCAGCCUGGUCAUGCUGCCCGCAGCCUUCUACCUCUGCCUAAUGGUUGGCUUCCGCUACCACCUCUUUAUCUAUUCCGUCUUCUCACCGAAGGUGCUCUAUGACUGUUACACGGUGCUGGUGUUCUAUUUUGUAUUUGUAAUAACGACUUUGUACUUUAAAUUGUUUAAACGCGACGCUUAAAUAGUAAUUACAUUUAAAAGUUUAAAAACGCUUAACCUGGCUACAGCACAACGUGGAUGGGGACGGGG